GUCCUUUAAUGAAAUGUGAACCCUCUCAUAACCAAGUGUUCUCUUUGUGUUAUUGUUGGGACAAGUGACGUCUCUUAUACUGAACUGAGUGACUCGUACUGUUAUGUGGCGUGAUUUCUUAUAUGCAUGCUUAACAAAAUGACUGGAGGGCGGACUGCAGAACUGGCUUUAAACAGAAUCAAUGAUGCCAAACAAGUACUUGACCAGAUUUUUGACUUGGAAAAGAAGUCUGUUAAUGGUACAGGUAAACUGAAGAAACGCAUUCAGGCAGAAAUAAAUUUUCUGAAAAAGGGCUUGGAAAAAGGCAGUGAACUGAAGGAGGAACAUGUCUUGUGUUCCAACCUGGGUCAACUAGGGGCACUGUCAUCAGUGGCUGUAGCAACACAUGAUGUCACUGGACUACUACAGACAUUUUGUGUUGGUGGCUCUGAAAAAAUAGUAGUUGAUGUGGUGGGGGAUGGGGGGAAACAGUGGAUAAAGGUACUGUAUAUUGUAAAAAUUUUGAUUAUACUCUGGCAUGUGUAUACAGUCGACAAAAUUUUAAAUAUUUCUGCACUCCUGGGUCUUACGUCCUUCACAACAAUCACUGACGGGCCAUGUUCAUUUGGUAAGGUAAUUUUGAGGAACCCUAAAGCUCUCCAUCUGCUGUUUAUCUUGGGUGGCAGAAAUGGUGUUAAACCCCUAGAUGAAGUUGCAGAGGACUUCAUAAUAUGUGCACAGAAACACCCUGUUUUUUAUUCAAACCCACAGGUGGUGUUUUGGUUCUGUGGUGGAGUGAGUGAGAGUUUGGCAAACGAUCUUGAAGAAAAAGGUGUGGAAGUAAAGGGGAAGAAAAUACCUGACCAUGAAUUAGGGCUGCCAGACUAUUUUGGAGAAGACUCUGAGGCAGAAAGUGAGGACUCUGAGGUAGAGAGUGAGGAGGACUCGGAGGUAGAGAGUGAGGAGGACUCUGAGGUAGAUAGUGAGGACUCUGAAUUAGAGAGUGAGGAGGACUCUGAGGUAGAGAGUGAGGAGGACUCUGAGGUAGAGAGUGAGGAGGACUCCGAGACAGAGAAUGAGGACUCUUCUUCUGGUUAUGAAUACUCAAGUGACAGUGAAGAGGAAAACAAAGUCAAGGUGAUGGCCAGAAACAGAGUAGACAAAACUGUAAUUGAAAAGAACAUUACAAAUGAAAUUAUGAACAUUGUUAGUAUGGGUUAUGUUGGACAAGAAAAUAACACACUCGACAUCUUUUCACUAGAAGAGGCAGAUCUCAAGUCAAAACCAGAUCAUACCCAAAAAAUAAUUUCUAGUGAAGUUUUGGAAAGUGAGAAAGAAUAUUUUUCUGGACAAUAUACAAAAAGCCAGAGUCAUGCUGAUAAGGAAGAGACAAUAGAUAAAGUCAACCUUGAUGUUACAGCCAUGAUUGCUUAUGUGUCAGCAACAGCAAAUGGUCGAGCCAAUUUUGUAUUUAAGGAUAAAUUCCUUGCUGAACAAGCCGUGUGUGAAAGAAAGAAUCCAGUUAAAGAAACUCUUAAUGGUUACUUUAAAGGUAAAGAACUGUUAGCAUGUCGAGAGGCUGUCAUUCAUUUCCUGGACAUUGUUAAAACCAUUGGAGGUGAGAGUGAGAAGGUUCGAGCUGAGGAGUUGGUUUCCAGAUUAACAAUUGUCGAGGGAGAAGACUAUUUGAAGGAAAAGGUGAAACUUGGAGGAAAAGUGCGUGAGCUCUCUAGGAUCAUCUUUGGCACUGGUCAAGUUCACAGAGCCAUCACCAUUACAUCUAAUGGAGGAUUCGUCAGAUCUGCCGAGCAUCAGGGCGUCAAGCUAGCUGUACUAUACCACAAACCCAGAGCGCUGACAGAAGCAAAGGAAUCAAGUGCUGUGCCACUGUAGUGUACUAUACAUAACAUGAAUAUUGAUAGUUAAAUUGUACUUUGUAUAAACAACUGUUCAGUAAAAGUUGAGUUACAUGUUCUGUGGCUUGUGAGGAUUGGGGUCUGGUAGCUAUUGAAUCAUUUUUACCUGAGAAAAUUAUUAUUUUGUUUCUUCACAAAGAUUUUGUGCGCUUCUUGGAAGUUCUCAUUUUCAGUUUGGUUGUUUACAGUACCAUGAGAAGUUGCACUUUUGUAUUGAAUUUAUUUUUUCCAGGUGACAGUAUGUUGCAGUCUUUAGGAGAUACAGGUGCUGUAUACUGUCUAUAAAACAGUAAUUUUAUGUUUUGAGGACACCAUGUUGAAGGGUUAGUUGUGAAUUCACAAGUUGUCCUAGUUUCAGUAAAGUGAUUAAAUACUUUUACAGUUGUCAUCUUGUCUUAUUUUCGAUUUAGUGUAACAUUAUACUGUACUAUAUAUAAUAAAGUAUAUUGCACUGUAUAUACUGUAUUUGGAAGAGGUGAACAUUGUUGUUUUGGAUAAUGUUACUAAAGUACAAACAAAUAUUUAUGUUACUCUUAAAAGAUUAAGUACUUCAUGGAGAAAAGUUAAAAGGCCCUUUGUACAGUUUAGUGAAUGGGAAAAAUCCAAGUGGGGAUUGUGCUAGAAGCCUGCAUGAAGAGUUUGGUCCAAUCCUUCUUUGUGGAUAUAAUACUGAAAGCUUCAAAUACAGUAUGGAUGACAUCAAGAGUGAGAUUACAAGAAAUAAAAACAAGAAAUGUAAUAGAAGUUAAGAGAACUGACAUGGUUAAGAAUUAAGGGAUGAGAAAUAUGUGUGGAGAAGAUGCCUUUGUAAAGAGACAUUGAGACAUUAUCCUAAAUGGAUAUGUGAUAUUGAUAGAUUAGUGCAGUAGUAGAGUAUAGUCGAUAACGGCGGGGAAUGGAUACAGUACUGUGAAAAAAUAGUUUGAGUCUGUAGUCGAAAUGUCUUGGGAAUUUGCCACUGCAGAUAAGGAUCUCAUAUGAAAAUGGAGAUGAAAAUUUCACAGGUAAAUCCAUGUACAGUACUGAGCAACGUGCUACAUGUGUAACCCAUAGGCUGUGUUGCAAACCACAUCCAUGAUGUUUAACAUAACAUCGCCUUAGGAUGACUGCAAUUAUAAUUUUUUUUCUUAUCGUAAGUACACUGUAACAUGUUACAUGAAACUUUGUGGAAUUACAUACCAUACCUUUAGUUAGGAAUGGUACAGUAUAUAGUUUAGAUAAACAAGUGUACUGUACUCUCUAACUGAGUUAAGUAUGUCAGUAAUUUAUAUAAAGUUUGAACUAAAACAAAAUGCUUGGAAAGAAAAUAAUUGGCAAACUUUCUUGAUAUUGUUUAUCUUUUUUUUUUGUUCAGUCCUCCAGAGGGCACUGAAAAUCUUUGAGGAAUUUCAAAUUAGAAAGAAUUCUUAUACUUUUUACAUUGAAACUUUUAUUCAUUAUCAAUUACCUUUGCUUCCCAUGCAUUAACUGUUAUUUGUAGCCAGUGUCUUACCAGAUUUGUUGUGAUCUCACCAAUAUAAUGAGCAUUGCCUUGAAAUGUGUAGUGCUCAACAUUGGUAUUGCAUGAAACCAGGUUUUGUUCCAGAGCUGGGACAGGAGGUUGUAUUUUUCUGCUUCAUAUGAGUAAAGUUUGUGUCUUCAUUA